AAAAAAACGAAGAACGUCAGUUGUUUUAUUUUAUUCUACUGUUUCUUAAUAUUUUAUUAAAUUUAGACGUAAAUCUCUUAAUAAUUGUUCUCGCCCUUGUUUAUGCAUAUUUAUAUCUUUGCUUAUUGCUCUUAUUAUUGGAAUUAUUGCUGCUGCCACCGCUGUUACUUUGUCAAAGGUACAGAAGACAACAAUAACAACAACAAUAACAACAACAACAACAGAUACAACAACUACAACAACAGACACAACAAGUACUAGUACUACCAGUACGACAGAGUCAACAACAACACCUUAUUCAUGUGGAAAUAUGACUAUCUUACUCAAUACUGAUAUCUUAGGCUUUGAUUUUGCCUCUGCAGGAGGUCUACAAUGGGCAGCAUGCUGUGCACUGUGUCUAGGCAAUUCUACUUGUCAAAGUUUUACAUUAGAUAUUCCCUCAAGUGCCUGUUAUCUAAAAACAAUGCCUCCAAACAAUGGCUCCUACAGUAUUACUCAUAUAUCUGCAAAAUAUUAA